UUACGGAAAAUCAUCCUCGAGGAAGAUUUCCAGUAGAUUUCACCGUGGCGUGCGGUUCAACACGACCCCGUUCUGUGUAUGUAGUGCGCGUUUAGGAUUGUGCAUUUUCCACCGCUGUUGGGUGUACUUUUGGAAAAAGAUUCCUGCACAGGCAAGGAUAAUUCCGGCCGGGAGUGGGUCGGACGGACGGACAACCGGACGCGGUGUGUUUUGAGUGAUUCCAGGUGCGUAAUAAUUCCGCGAAAAGACCGGAAUCGAUUGGUGGUGCGUCUCCAGCAAGGAUAUAGCCUCCGUGUCCAGAGAUCCGCACGGGGACGAGAGGGUGAAGAGUGAAAAUACUGAAAUAUUCACUGCAGCUGGAGGAGCAGAAACAGGAAACGAAAAAAAAACACGAAUAGUGAUAUAUAUUCACCCAGCACCCGAAGAGUGCGAAAAUCGAUUUAGUCCUUCGACUUUCUGGGGCUACCGCCUGCCUCAGUCGGACCAAUAGGAAUGUGUGCUAAUGAAUGAAUUGAAAUUGGUGAAUAUUUGUUUGCAGUUGUGGGAUUCGUGACCUACGGCCGAACGCUGGAGUGAAGGCAGUCAAUCACGAAAGCAACAAAUCGUGAAAACGGGUGUUAUUGUUGUGUUGAUUGUGUCCGAGGUCCCUUUUCCGAGAAGUGAUGUUCGCGUGUGAAACGCUGGGACGAAUGACCAGCGCCGGAAUGGAAACGAAUGUGUAAAACAUGUUUACAAUUUUAUGAUGGUUUAGACGAUGGAAUGAAAUUAUAAUAAGCACGUAAACAGCCCAAGGGUCGUUGAUACCGGCGACUGUAACAGAGGAAAUAUAAUCAAUGAUCGUGACCUUCGGUGUGGAAAGCCGAUGAUCGUUGCAAAUAUCAGUAAAUAGUGGAUUUGUUUUUGUCGUAUUUCGUGUUUGUGACAGAAAAAAAUCAAGCGAAACGGUGUGAAUAAAAUUGAAACAUUUGUUCAAUCGAAUUAUAUCAAUUCGAUCAAUUAGUGUCAAAUGAAAUAAUGACUCUACCGAAACCACAACUAUAUAGAGUCCACUUUCAGCGCUAACGAGCUUUUGAGAAAGCAGCAGAACUCAAUCGACAGCGUGAGUUGAACAAUUGGCCGAACAUCGCACCACCUACGAACAGAAAAGGAUCCCACGAACCCGCCAGACAAGGGGAUGAUGAAAUUUCUUCCUCUGCGUGGCGGCGGAUUCUGAGCCCUGCUGCCUCUGUUCGGUCCGGUCAAUAAGUCAAGAGCGGCAAGUGUCGAAAUAUGUGCUCCUUCUCCAUCCAGCAGUGAGUGCCAAAUCCUCGCCGGAAAUCCAUGGCACAGCUGCUUUUUUUUUCUUCUUUUUGACGAGGCCAAAGAAAGAAAGUGAAAGCGCUCUAGCCUCGCGCGUUCGUGCCAUAAAUUGAUGCUGUUUAGUGCGGCAAAAUUUCCAAUUUUAUGACGGUGCCGCAGUUUUAGUGGUUCCCGUGCUCCUUGCCCAACUUGUGUGUGUGUUUGUGUUCGUGUGUUUUUUUUUUGUUUGGGCGUCAAUAUAUUUGAUUUUCCCACAAAAAGCGAAGGUCGUCCCAAAAACAAGGCCAAAAGGUUCUUUUACGAUGCAGCGCGGACGUUUCGUGAGGCCGGGCCAAAGCGAAUAUAAAUAUCGAUAGAGGCGAAAAAUUGGGCAACAGGAAGAGCAAUCGAUACGUGUUUAAAAUUCAGCCGACGGUUUGCAGAGCAUUAACAACUGUCUGCGAAUGAAGAGAAGAUUAUUGUUUUUGUAUUAACACCUGUUCAAAUUGUACGUGGUUCGAGGCGACGGAUAAUCGGAAAAAUUCGAGGCUCGGGAAGGUGUGAAAGUACUCCGGAAAAUCAGCGCUUACGUUGGCACUAACCGAACAUCAAGCACCAGCCUCUUCGAAUCGUCCGAAGGAAAAUCCUCCCGAUAGCGUUAUCUCAACGACGCAGACCCCGGUCCCGUUUCCCCCUUGGCCGUUACAUUGUAACACAAUGGCAAACUUGGAAGCAAUUGAUUUAAAUGGUGUAAUGAAAAUUAGCUGAAUGGUGGUGGCUAGGUGUAUCCGUUGAGGGUGCGCGGUCCGCGCGGAUAGUUGGAACAAAGUUUUCGCACCCUCCUCCCUCCCGGUGGGCCAGAGGGUGUGGGUGCCUCGCGUAAUCCACCGUGGAUAGAAAGAGAGUGACAGCAGUGAUGGCAUAACGAUAACGUCACCCGGGAAUGUUCAACCGUUACGAAAGUGCGCCACCAGCUGUCCGAACUAAUUUUUCCCGCUGCUAGCGGUGUGGCCGUGCUUUCGAAAAAAGGGAGAGACCCGUGGGAAUUGUGCCACGGCACCAAGAGGAGCGAGUUUCUAGGAAAAGUUUUCCACGUUGCUCUUUUGUCGAAUCACCUAUAGAGACCGCAGGCAUUCGACGCUCGCAGUGGAGGACGCUAGGUUACCCCGCUAGUCAAAUAAUGUGAUAAUUGGAGGGGUUCGGUAAAAGUUUCUAGCGUGAAAUAGAUUGACAAAGGCUAACAAUUACACGAAGACAGAAAGAAAUUGCUAGGUUGUGAGUUUUCGACCGGGAACGAGCAGUCGACGGUUGGCAUUUGGUGACAAGUGGAACAGAAACAAAAGGUCAAGUCAAUUUUCGGAGGAAAAAUUCUUAUUAAAAGUUACGACCAAAGUUGAACAAACGCAUUAACGCACCAUGUCAGCAAUGAUGAUGGAGUUAAAAUUGAUUAUCCUCUGCCUGCCAUCUAUUCUGCUCGCCACCAACUUAGCACCAGAUAACAAAUCAAUACUCGCCAACACAGACUGGAAAAAGCUGUGGCUGGAGACGGGCCAACUCGGUGGCAGUGGCGGAACGAGCAGUAGUGGAAGUGGGGCUGGAAUUAGUGCCGGCAUUGGCAGCCCUCGAACGGAUAAUCAUCUCGACAGUAGCGAUUCCACGUUGCUUGACGAUGGCGAGAUGAUGGCACACAACACAACCGUCCAGCUGGGCGGCGUGGCGUUCCUGGUCUGCAAGGUGGCCGGCGUGGACAGAGUGGGUGUACAUUGGAAUCAGAUUUCGUGGAUCCGACGGCGGGACUGGCACAUCCUGACGUCCGGUGCGCAGAUGUACACCAACGACGAGCGAUUCGCCAUUCUACAUACGCCCGGCUCCAACACCUGGACGCUGCAGAUCAAGUUCGUGCAACGAAGAGAUCACGGAACCUACGAGUGUCAGGUAUCAACGCCAACCGGUGUUAUUUCGCAUUUCGUAAACCUACAAGUGGUGGUUCCCGAAGCGUUCAUUCUCGGUUCCGGAGAGCUGCACGUGGAUAUGGGAUCAACAAUCAAUUUAGUUUGCAUAAUUGAGAAGAGUCCACAGCCGCCACAGUAUGUGUACUGGCAGCGGAACGACCGAAUGAUCAACUACGACGAUUCGCGGCGAGACAUCUCGAUCGAAACGGUGCCCGGCCCGCGGACCCAGAGCCGGCUCAUCAUCCGGGAGCCCCAGAUCAACGAUUCCGGCAAUUACACCUGCUCGGCCAGCAACACCGAGCCGGCGAGUAUAUACGUGUUCGUGUCCAAAGGUGACAACACAGCGGCGAUAUCGCGUCGGAAAACAAGCGGUGCCGGUGCCACAAUCGCGGUCACCAUGCACCUUUCCUCACUCCUGCUGGACUGCCUAUUCCUGGUGCCCGGAGUGAUAGCGUCCUUCUUGCUGACGGCCCGGUAUCAGGCCUGAAUGUGAGCGAGUGUGCGUAUCAAAGCAUCAGCAGCAGCAGCAUCUUUCGCUCCCACACGAUGUCACACAGCAGCAAGUAAAACCCCCACAACAACACGGGCGCUAGUUGUUGCACAACCGUUUUGUAAGGUAGGACAACAGCACGAGAGCAGAGGGAGGAAGUAAUAUCGCCGAGGCGCGAGAUGCGCGUUUCACACAGGGAUAAAUAAUAGGCUUUAGGCCCAUUACCACAUCGCAGGAAUUUCGAGGAGAAUGAAAGUCCCGAAAAGUUUUGGGUUCCGUUGUAUAUAUACUUUCAGAGCAGCUUCUCCUCCGUCGCGGGAACGGGAACAACACAAAGAAAAGAAAACGAUAAGCUAGGAUAAUUUUCUCCCUCCCGCACGGGUAUCCUCCGAUCGGGAGCUCGUUGUGUUUGCUACAAUAACGACGCCGAGCCGAGCGGAGCAAAAUAUAAAUGUUCCGUUUAGGAUACUACGGAAGCGGAAAUUAAAUCUAAAAGUGCAAUGUGAACGUUACAACCGAAAGAGGAAGAAGCUACCGUUAUUUUUUUGUGUGUAAAAUAGUAUUCAAAUUUGCCUUCUAGGAGAAGGCACUAACUAACCUUAACACAGAAUCACAACGGGCAGAGAAAAAAAACGCCCAAAGCAAAACGAAAGGUUCGUUAGACUAGAAUAAUUAAAAUCCAGUAAUAAUUAAAUUCAAUACUGCAGCAGUAGCGAACUCUAUAGUAAAAAAGGUUCGCGAAACAGAAGUUUGGCGGGACAGUAAUAACCGCUCGAUUGAGUUUAGUUUACAUAAAGGUUUUUGACCCAUUUCAUAAUUUGCCGAACGUGUGUUGUCAGGUGGACAUAAAAUCAGUUGUUUUCACGGGAAACGGGAAAAUACACGUUCGAUAGUGGGAACAAGUAACCAGCAGAAAGUCGACAGCAGCAGUUCAGAGCUUACACAUAAAAAUGAGGAAACACGAGAAAAACGAUUUAUUGGAAGACCGAAUGAAGCAAAAAAGGAAAUAUGACCGAGUUACGUUAUCGAUUAUGAAUUAAUCAGCAGAGUGAGAAAGAGCGAACGAACGAACAAGUAUUGCGCGGCUGAUUGAAAACCAGGCCAUCAGAAUGUUAGCUAAAUAAAAUUGUAAAUAAAAAUUCACUGUUGGAAACAAAACUAAAAGAAUCAACUAAGAGAAAAAGAGAAAAUACUAACAGUCAUGCAUGCGGUGGAGGACAUCAAAUAUUCAUAGGUUUGGAGGUUAACAAACACAACCAUUCUUUCGGAAAACGAUAGCCACAAUACCCAGAAUCCAGUGGAACUCUGUCGAGAUAUGAUGUGGAAAAAAAAAAAGAAUUCGUAGCGGAUGAACUCUUUCAUUGACAUAAUACAGAUUUGUUUAUAGCGAAUUCGUUUUUAAAACUGAGUCAGUACCAAACUGACUCUGUAAUAAAAAAACAUUUUCAGUUUCACGAAUGCGGUGGUUUGUUGGUGUGCGUUAUAUAGUCUGAUUUGUUUAUAUUUGCGACGACAAAUGUACAGUGUCGACGUCUGGUGGCGAUAUUAGUGCUUGGGAGGUAAAUUAUUCUCCAUCAGAUCAGAAGGGCCAAGUGCAGUGUAAAAAUAUAAAAGUCUGAAUGAACAUUUUUACUUCAUAUUGUUUGAUUACCUAACACAUGUAGUUCUGACACUCACUUAACCAUUUGUCGAUGCAUUUCCUGUUUGUUCCACAAAAAAAUACUAUUAUAAUAUAAAAUCGUCAUUAGACACAGUUUUUGUUCAAUAUGCUGCUGCGGAAUCGGAAAAAACCUCUUAUUUCAUCACAUAGAAUAAAUAUUCGAUACGUUAAGGUAAAUUUUGAUUCAUAAUUUUGAUUUUGAAAGCAUGUUUAUUCCACCUAGAUAUCCAUCAUUAUUUUCGCCUCCCAAUGAAAGCACACGAAGCUUAAUGCCGUCUACUCGAAUAUACUCUUCAAAAUCAGAAUCCGAAUUGGAUUACGAUUCCAAUAAUACAAAAGUAAAAGCGCAGGUUUUCCAUUUUCAUAGUCUUUAUUUUUAGAUUUUCCAAAACAAUACUCGGAACUUGACAGUUCAGUAUAGUUGUAUUGGUGAACCCGUGUGCCAACCCGUGAAACAUCUCAGUGCGAAACUAAACGCUUUCGGGGCGACACUGAGUGCAUGAAAAAACGUUUUGACAGCAGUUAGUGCGGCGCAAGGCGCCUCUAUAUAUACCAGGUGAAACAAUCAUAUGAAAUGCACUUUCAGCCAUAUUGGAAUUGCUGUCGGUAUUGUUUACAAACAGCUCUGAUAAAAAUCUCUACCCGGUCGGAAGAACAGGAAAAUCAUCAUAAGGCUGCCGGUGACCCUCUACAACCUGCUACGACGCUUAUUCGAACGAUGCCUAAUAUGUUCGGCUUUCGCGAGUUUAUGUGAAAAAGAAGGGAUGAUUUUGUAGAAUUUCAUUCUUAUCCAGUUCAUCCACUACUCUCGCAUGUGAAAAUGCAAAAAUGGCGUACCCUAGCAAUAACAAAACAAACAACCCCCGCUCCACAAACCGUAAUCCCCUUCUUAUUGAAGUGAUGAUGUUGCUUCACCUGUUAUACAUUUAUACAAGCGCCUUGGUGCGGCGCUGGGGUUGAAACUGAACAAAAACGAAUUCGCUAUUAGAUAAAAAUAACCAUUUCGUGUCUAGAUGCUCUUAUAUUUCAAUCUACUUUGAGUGAUAUAUCUAAUGUUUCGAAGUUUCACUCAGAUCGAAAAGAUGGAAUUCCAUACCGAUGUACAACCUCCUAAUCUAUAUAAAUAAAAAUGUAAGGCAAAAUCUGUUGGUAAGCGGAAAACCCGAAAAGGGGUGGUCUGAUUUUAGCCUUCUUUAUUUUGUUGUAUUCGUCUCUUCCCGUAGAUCAAUAUAGUGGAGAGAAAAAUCGGAAAAUUUUCGGAAAAUCCUGAACGAAGGUCGGAAAAUUCGGAAAAUUGAAUUCCCACAUGUUCGCAAAAUUACGUCAUAAUAAGCGUUGUUAAUCCAUUCGAUAUUUGCGCUAUCGAAGUUGAUCUUUGUUUGUAAGUAGAAAUGGAUUUUCAGGCGAAAUAACGCAUUCAUAUAUCUUCUAUCUAUAUAAACAAAAAUGGAAGGCCAAAUGUGUUGGUGUGCCCUAAAUCCGAGGAAGGAGUGGUCCGAUUUGAGCUGUCGAUAUUUUGUAAUAUUCUCUGUAUCAAACAUGUAUUCCAUGCAACGGAGAAACAUGUUAUUUCCAAAUGCUCGAAGAAUCUCGAACGAGAAUUGUGUUUAAAAAUAAUUUUAUAUUAUAAGGAGGAAUUUUUGUAAAAGUACUAGACAAUUUAUAGAAAAAGGAAAUUGUAAAGGGUCAUAGGGUAAUCAAUCAAUGAAGAGUUCAGGGAUUGGUCAGCUAGUAUCUAAUAUAAAUAUGGCUCACGUACAUGAGCACUGAGAGGAAUCAGGGAGUCGUGGUUGUUUUCGCUCAUUUUCCGAGUGGUUUGAGUUCUGCUACAAUACUAUGUCCAUCGACUGUUGACAGUCGCUGACAUCUUUGCAAGCAAUUUUACUGCCGCGUUAAAGUUUCUCAAUUGAAGAUUUUUUGACGUAGGACUACGUCUUACAUUAAGGGUGCCAAAUCUGAAAACAGGUCACGUUUUUAUGAAAUAAAGUUAAUGUUAAUAACUAUCUUUGCUGCUAACGGAUUUUGACGAUUUACAUACCAAUCGAAUCGAAAAUUUUCUAAGAUUUGUUUGAUAUGUUAUACAUUAUAACCCCAUAGUAUUUAUAUUGUUUAAAUUUAUGAAAAAUUGGAAGCAAUCCCAUUUUCCCAUACAUUUGUUCUGUCCUUUUGAGUGCUUUCCCGAACAGAGCUGUUAAUAACGAGCAACUUAUGCAGCCGCCAGAAUAGGAACAGUCGGAGACGAAUGAGUCGUUGAAUGUAAUGUCUCCGUAAAUAAAGGAAAAGAAAAAGAAGAAGAAGAAUAGAAACUACGAAGGGGGAUAGCGAAAAGAGAAUAUUUGUGAAGCAAAUGAGCUGACGCUAGCGUAUAAGUAUUGCAUCUCAUCUGAGGAAAAUUCUCAAAUUUUUUCUACGCUCUAAAUAACAAAGGUCGCUUAUUCUGCUCGUUUUGUGUUUAAUGUUUUUCCUCGAGCCGUGAACGCUAGCUGUACAUGUGAAUAGCACACCUUCGAUACUCUUAGUUGUCAUUCGUAUUUGCUCUCGUGCGCAUCGACUCUGUUCUGAUGCAAUACGGUUCUGUUGACGGUUUUGACCGAGAAUCGAGAAUCGAUUUUUUAUAAACGGUCAUUCUCGGGUUUCAUGUUUCAUUUUUAUCGCUGCAACUGUGUGCAUCUGUUAGACGUGUGUUUGAUGCUUGUUGAAUGGCGAUGAUAGGAAGAUGCCUCUCGUUAAACACCCAGUGCAAUGCGUGCAUUAGCAAGAAAGAAUCGUUGCUUUUAGAAAUGAUUCUACAAAACCACGCAAGCCAUCAAACCUUUUCAGGGUCUCCGGAACAUUUUACUAAAGAGUUAUUUAUAUCCGAAAUGAUAAACCAACACAUUUAAAAAACAAGAUUACGUAGUCCUACGUCCUAAGCGGUCGUGUCUCGGAUACAACCCCUCGAUUUUUUCCAAUUCAUUUAUUUGUAAGGCUCAAGCUUUGCAUAAACUUUGCGGAGCAAACUAAAACAGACCGAGAAGUACAACUUUUUUUCGAUGCGGGUAAUACGGACACAUAGUGGGGUAAUAUGGACAGUAGGGUGUCAAUGAAAAUGGUCAUCUCGAAUUUCAAGAUUUGUAUAUACAAAAUUUCAACUUAAAUCUAUGUUUAGUAGGUUUUGACCGAUUACUCGCGGUUUACUCGAGGUUAGAGGGGCAACAAUUUUAGUGGGACGGGUCAGGUUAGGGAUAUGGAUAUGAGGUAUCGUUGUCUCAACCGAAAGUUGCCGCACGCACUGUAGCAUUGUGCAUAAUGACCAGGGAUAGCAUCUGGUGUUCGACUAUCUGUCGAGGGUGGGCGAUGGUGAGAUGAGGAGACAAGACAAACAAACUAAUAACGUAAAAGAAAAAAAACACAAAAGCAUUAAAUUUUUAUACUAGCCCGUUUCACAAACAUAUAGAUCAACUGCAUAUAGCAGAUGUCGCGAGCUCCCAACACGUCUCUAACAGGAACAUGGGAUUGUCUUCCUUGGGCCUCGAGGGCAUUCGAAAGGUACUCUCUGGCUACGAAAUUAUCCGUACAUUGCCAAACUGCGUGAUCGAUGUCAUCAUAGCCGUUUCCACAUCGACAGACAUUGCUUUGAACAAGAUUUAUUCUGUGGAGAUACACAUCUAGCGAGUAGUGAUUGGACAUAAGUCUACUCAUUACAUGAACAUGAACACUUCUAACGGAUUUUCGUCAGGCCAACUGUCUACAGAACCAAAUCAGUACAUGCGCCCAUUACCAUUUCCGCCUACAGGUUCGAAGCUAAGUUGACUAGUUUUGACGUUUGACUUUAACUAUCUACUUAGGUGGACCUAAAUAGGUUACAACAUCCGGUGAACCCUAACCUCGUUCCUUGAAGACCAUACCACUACACGCUGAAGAUGUGAGAUGUUCAAGUGCAGUUGAUCCGGAUACAAUAAGUACAUUGGUUUAAUUUUAUCGGUUCAUGAAUACGUCUUGUUAUGGACUCAAGAAUGAUGUCAGAGUAUCGAACUGAUGUUUGACCUUUAGAUAGCCUUGGAUGUACAAGUAAGUUUUGAAGAAUUUCAUUUUGAAUCCCGCCCGACAUCAUUGAUAUGGUUUUUCGGGUCACUUCCAAACAAAUGGCAAGAUCCUCUUGAAACUGUCACGGAUCAUGGUCCAAUAUGGCCUCCAAUUCAUUGUCUUCAGCCGAUGAAGGCCUACCUUCUCGCUUUUCAUUUAAAUUUUUUUCCAGUAUUCCAGUAUUCACAUGUGGAAAUUGGUAGAGCAGGUCCCCACAUACAUCACCCAGCAUUCGUUGGCUUCUUGCUGCUAUUUCCUUCAAAACAGCAAAAACAAAACAAAACAGUGAAUCUUCCCGCGAGUGAUAUUCGUUAGCACUAAAGAUAACAUAUUCGAAUUAAAAAUAAUAGCGUUGUUUGCAUCUCUGGUAGUAACCUGAGAGAGAGGAGCCAGCUCGCUUUUGUUGUGAUCACCCUUAUGUCAGCGCGGACCAGUCACGGUGAACCAAGGGGAAGUAUUGAAAUAUGUAGAAAAUUUCAAAAUGACAUUUUUUUGCAAGACAUUUUAUGUGAAAAUAAUUUUGACGUCGGACUACAUCCUUCAUUUCUAUACAGGGGUGUAAGUUCAAAGCUUCGAAAACAAGAGUGUUACAUUGGAGAAACAAGAUUUUGAGCAAUAAAACCUCUUCGCCGGUUGAAAGAAAUGUAAUGAUAACCGCUUCAUUCGAAAGAUAAAAUGUCUACGCGUUAUAUGUGUGUUACUUAUUGAUCCAAAAACUUGUUUCAAUAGCUAAAAAAUUGCUUUGAAGGCAAGCAAUUGAAAUCACAAAAAUCUGUAUAUAAGGAAUAUAAGAUGCAAGCUCGGAAAUGCACUCAAUUAUAAUUGUACAGCGGUUAGAUCAUUUUGGAACAGUUACUGCUACAAAAAAAAAACUUGCUACUGUGAAGAAGGCGACCAGCAAGAAGAAAGCUGCUGAUACUGCUGGUGUGGCUGCCCGAAAGCAAAAGUCAAACAAAUCCUCAAAAAUCGCUGCAUGCAAGCCGAAAACGCCGAAGCCAUAGAAAUCAGUAGCAGCUUCGAAAAAAACUACCAUAGCCACACAUAACGCACAACACGAGAGAAAACAAGAUAGUGUUUUCAGCAAAUCAAAUCCAGUUCUUUUCAGAAAGAGUUUAUCAAAUACUGCGGUCAAAUACAUUCUUUUUGUAAUUUCUUCGAUCAAGUGCGAUCAACGUAAGAUUACAUCUUUCGAGCACUUUUUAGGGGUACAAUGAAUCUUGAGAAAGACAAUUCAUUCCGGAUCGACACUCACACAAACAAUGUUCACUCAUCAAUGUCACAAAAGGAAAGUGAGUGUUGUGAGGGAGAGCAGAGUGAGCGCUUCAUUUAUGUAGACUGUUUGGAAGCGACAGUUAUGUUGUCUAUGGGAAAUGGUAUACAAAUUAAAUCACACAUAAAGGGGAGAAAGAAUCUUGACCCUUUUAGUUUUGUGGACAAGACCAAUUGGUUCACCUUCACUAUCGGUCAAUUCGAUUGGAUCUUCAGUGAUACUAUUGCCUUGAUUAGCAACCUGCAUGUCAAAUUUAAAAUUUGCAUAUGAAUGGUCCAUCAGUGAUGGGCAGGAAUAUCAUGGCAAAGAUGACGAGAGACUGGUAGGAUAAUUUUCAUCUUCAUCCGAAUCGUGAUCACUGCCUGUUAAAAUUGCAGACACAGCAUCCUUUUUAGUCAACCUACUAUUAUUUCCAUCGGACACAAACAAAAUUCCAUCAAAAUGCACCUGAGAGAAAUCAAUGUUGACUCUUUUAAUUGGAAUAUUAGCACUUAUUUUAUAUAUUCCACAUACGUUGCAUAUUCAAAUUGCAUCGGAGAAUAUACAAUCAUCGCCCACAUUGCAAAAAUCGAUUCACUGUGCUUGCAGCAAUAGAUCAACCUGGAACCAGUGAAAGAAUGAAUGAAAGAAUGAAAAAAAUUUCGGAUAUUGUUUUAGUAAUCAUCGAAAUAAUUCUUUAGAACACCUAUAUCGAAAUUAUCAAAAGUAAAAAAAAAAUGUUGGAAUGGACCGAUGCUGCUGGAAGCCAUGAUGUGGGCUGGCCUGGUACAUCUUUUAUUAUUUCCUACAUGAUCCUUCUUAUACCCCCCAUAUAUUCCUGUUAGACGCAGUCCUACGUCAGAAAUCAAAUCGGGGAUAAAAACGCACAAAAAUACUCACAAACAAAGGUUCACGUCAAGUUUGAACACUUUUCUCAUAAAUGAAUGACAACAACAUGCUUGAUUGAAAUUGUCAGAUUGGAAUUUUCUUGAUGAUGAUGCGUAAGAAGAAUAAGAAGAAAACAAACUAUCUGUCAUUCAGCUGGCUCCUCUCUCUCAGGUAGUAACUAGGGCGUCUGUUUGCGUCCGUAGUGUCAAAAACUCUGCAGGAAUGCGUUUCUGAGCAAAUGUUCUAUGCUGCUGCUUUUAUGGAUCAGCGAAUGUUUGUUGGAGACGUAACGGGAAUGUCACCGACAUCACGUGAUACGUUUAUACAGUGGUAGACAUUCGUUUAGCCGCACCCUAUUUUUCCUCAAUAUUCUUAAAAAUAAGACAAUUCUUUGUACAGUUUUGCUCAUAAAAGACGAUUAUUGUUUAUUUUCAUCGAAUUCAUUCUAAAAAAAAGUAUAAAUUCACUUUUUGUUUUCUAAGUAAUUCAAAUAUGUGGAAUCAGGGUGGACAUUCGUUUAGCCGCAUCCUUAAAUUUCAAUAAAAGAAAUUUUGUGCGGCAAAUUUCGAGUCCAAUCGGUAGCUAAUAUUUAGUAUGUCCACCUCCAUUUCGGAUCAUAUUGAAAACUCGAUUUGGCAUCGAGUCAGACAGCUUUGAAAGUGUUGCCAUAUUGAUUAUAGCCGAAAAUUCCUGAAUUACUGCCUUGAGACUGGAAAUGUUGUCAAAUUGUCAUCCGUUUGCAUAGACCAUCUCGGCCAAGAUUCUCCAUAGGUUCUCUAUGGGAUUGCAAUCGACUGCCAGCAGGUCAUUCAAGAAGCGGAAUGUCCUUCUCGGCAAACCAUACCUUCGAUUGCUUGGAAACGGGGAUCUAUGCAUAAUCGUACUGAGAAAACGACAUCCUCGAUUGCGUUAUUCUCAAUAUGGCCAAUCAAAACGUCCUCCAGUAAUUGAAGAUACCUUUCGGAGUUCAUUCAGGUGAAAAUGAAACAAAUGAGAAGCUUGCUGUGAUAGGAAACGGCUCUCCACACUGUCAAACUUCCGCCCCAAAGUUUCGCUUCGAUCUCACGACAUGCCGUUGACUUAAAUUGUACCAAUAGCAACUGUAACAAUCGGGGCCAUCCAAAUAGAACUUUUUUCGCCGGAAAAUACAACAUUUCUCCAUUCUAGUUUCCAUUCCACGUAUUGCUAAUUAUAUAUUCCAAAAAAAUGAAAACAAUCUCCGUUCUAAGAAUCGCAAAACUAAGUGUAGGGGAGGUGGGGGUAAAACGGACAUGAUAAGAAAAACUUCAAUUACAUCUUUGGAAACUCAUGUUUCCCAAAACUUUGUGCAGUUUCUUGCGAUUCAAUAUACUGUUCUUCUACCUAAUUGGUCAAAUAUUUUACAAAAAAGUGUUUUUCAAUGUUUUUUGAAAAUUUUG